AUGGAUCCUCUCGAUCCCUUUGAUCCACGAAGCAUCGCACGUCAUAACACUGCGCAGACUUCAGGACAGCGCUUGCAGCGUGAGCAAGAGUGGGGGGUACGUCUGAACUCUCACUUGUCAGACGAUCAGCUUCACCACUGGAUCACUGUGGCUGAGGAACUGCUUGCUCAUGGUUUUGAUGGCAACUGGGGUCAGACACAGAGACUGGCAAGAUCCAUACGUACAGCCCUUCUCACCACUCGUGGCCUCGAAAUCGAACCUUCACCUGUAAAUCCACCCUUGGGUCCUCUCAUGCAAGCCUUGCGCAACACUUCACAGCCUGCUCAGCCUGCACCAUCACCGCUUAUUCAGUCGCUCGUCAACGCACGCGACUUCCAACCUUCAGCGGCAGCCAAUCAGGCUCAGCAGAACGCCGAAGAAUCUCAAGCUCCAGCCGGACAAGCUUCUCAACACGCCGAAGAGACUCAAGCUCCAGCCGGAGAAUCUGAUCAGCGCGCUCAGCAGCCUCAAGAGAACGCCGAAGACUCUCAAUCUCCAGCCGAUGAAUCGCCUCAUCACGCUCAGCAGCCUCGAACUACAGCCGAAGAAUCUCAUCAGCACGCUCAGCAAUCUCCUGGACAUGAUGAGGAGCCUGAUCAGGACGUUCAUCAAUCUCCUAGACACAUCAACGAGUCUCCUAAACAUGAUGAGGAGCCUGAUUAUGACGUUCAGCAAUCUCCUGGACACGCCCACGGGUCCUCUAACGUGUCCGAUGACGAUGGUCACGCCCUGGAUUUCGUACGUGGCACGAAACGCACAAGACGAAUCCUCUCCGACUCUGAAUCUGGUUCUACUACUCCCAAUGAUGCAGAGAAUGUCUCCUCUGUUGCUUCACAUUCAGGUCCUACGAACGCAGCGCAAUCAGUUCCACCAAGUUCGACAGCUCCUGCCGUUGUGACUCGCGCAGAUCCAAUUGCAACCACGGCUGUUCCUUCUCAAGCUACAAUUGCUCCUAUCAUCACUUUCGGAUCUGCUGCACCUACAAACUCAGUUGUGUCAAACAAGUCAAUUAACCGUCGUACCGCUAAUGACUAUGCCGGCACAAAUGGUGGUAUGGUAUACUCAUGUCCAGUCCAUGAAUGCAAACAACCAAUUAACGAAGCAUGGACAAUCGACAAGUUCUAUAAGCACUUGGACGACUCCCUUCAUACCGACUACUUCUUUCAAAAGGACAUGCAUAUAUGUCCAUUUGGAUGUCAAAAGGGUUUCUUAAACGACUUUGCUCUUCAUCGCCAUAUUCAGCAGUCUUCUUGUAAAGAGAGCGAAGAUCUCUCUGCCGAGAUUAAGACAUGCAAGCAGUGCAAUGUUGGAACUAAAUUCCCGGACAUUAUUGGCGCGCUUGAUCAUUUGGCCGAUGACCACGACAAUCUGACGUCUCGUAUCGGCUCUCCUUACGUCUGUGUUCAAUGUGAUGUGGGCUUCCCUACGAAGGAGCUUCUUUGGGGUCAUCUUGCGCUUGUAAGUCAACGCAGUGAUGGACACCCAGCUGUUACUAAGGCGCGCAAUAUGUGGUACCCUGCGCCUGACAUUGUACGUUCUUAG